AAUAAUUCUGAAGCCAGGUCACUUUAUAUUGCGUAUAUGAACAUGAUUCAACAGAUUUCUUCCACUUUGAGGCCAAACCCAGUUGGCAUUUGCCAUUAAAUAGCCUUGUUUUUGUUAAAAGUCCUGGCUUGAUUUGCUCAGAGAUGGCCGUAAUCCUUUUUCUUGAUAGUGUCAUGGUCCCCUUGAGCCUCUUCCUCAUGGUGGGCUACCAUGCCAAUCUUUGGCGCUGUUUCAAGACCAGGCCCUCGUGUAUAACAAUCGGAAUCGAUGCAAUGAGAAGAAAAGAAUGGUUUCAAGACAUGAAAGAGGGUGAUGAUAAGAAGGCGAUGUUGGCUGUUCAAAGCCUGAGAAAUACGCUAAUGGCCGCCAGUUUAGCUGCAACAGUAGCGAUUUUAGUGGAAUUAGCAUUGGCAGCGCUAACCAACAACACUUACAACGCAAGCCGGAGUUUCCACAGUGCUUUUUUGGAGCCACAAUCGGGCAAUGGUGGGAGAAUUUUUGCUUUGAAGUUUGGCUCAACGUCUUUCUUCUUGUUGGCUAGCUUCUUUUGCAGCGCCUUGGGACUGGGGUUCUUGAUCGAUGCUAACUUCUUGGUGAGCGCUAAUGAGGAGUUCUCGUUUCCUGCUUACACGCAAAUGGUGUUUGAGCAAGGGUUCAUUUUGGCCUUCAUUGGCAAUCGGAUUCUCUGCAUGAGCUUCCCUUUGUUGCUGUGGAUGUUCGGUCCUUUGCCAGUGGCCCUGGGCUCUGUGGCUCUGGUUUGGGGGCUUUACGUUCGUGAUUUUGUUGGCAAAUUCUCAAGAAGUGACACCAUGCAUAGCCUCACUUGAAAGAGGAAACCAUAUUUACUAUGAACGAAGAAAAAAAUUAAUGAGUUCGGGUUUACUUCUUCAUACGUUUUGGCUUUUGGCUUUGGACUUGAAAAGAUUUGUCUUUUCUUGUAAAUUUAAUUUAUUUAGUGUUUUUAUUUUCUUAAAUCUGUCCAAACUUGAAUUCUUGCUUAGAUGAAACAAGUUGGCUCAGAUAGAAUACAAAGCUAAAAUUGUUUUUGAAAUGAAUCUGAGCUUUAGGUAAUCACAUUACCCCUUACCUGCAAGGGGCUUCUUCGAA